UGUUUAUAAAUAUUCCGCACUUUAUGCAAUAAAAACUGUUGUUUCUGAUUAAUAAAAAUGCAACGUACGCGUAUUUUGCUGAAACCCCGAGCUUCCGAAGUGCUAACAGCUUAUUUGAAACAGUGUCAAGAGCCAUUCUGGACGUCAUAUUUUGUAAAGUUUAAGGAUGUUCAAAACGAUCAGCGGGGAAUGUCGCACUUUAAUUGGACUCUGGAAACCGGCACAAAUUAUCAUAUAUUACGCACAGCGUGUUAUCCAUACAUGAAAUAUCAUUGCAGCAAGCGUGAAUACGAGGAUCUCUCACUGGAGGAUAAAUUCUUUCGCUUUCUGAAAGUAAUCAAUUUGGGCCUCCCUAUGCUAUUCUAUGGACUUGCCGCAAUUCGUCUAAUAAGCCACAAAGAGAUCGUUCGCCUCAACGAUAAGGUGGAGGUGCCUAUUUAUUUUUUGUACGCCGAAGAUAAAGGGUCGAGGUUCUGAAUUUCUAAUAUAUUCGAAAUCCUGAAAUUUAACACUUAAGAAUGUUAUAUUUUGAUAUGAUGAUUAAAUGGCUGUGGUAAACCCGUUCCCUACAAUUUCACAAAUAA